AUGAAAAAUCUCGUCCCAAAACUCAUACACCGAAAUAUGGUCAAGUCCUACCAACGUUAUGAACAGGAACGCUGUUUUGGUGUAAUAACUUCUAAUAGCAAUGUCAUCUGGCAACCCUACGCUGAUUUAAAGGCAAAGCCUUCGGGAAAGAUAGUAACCGCAGGUUUGGAAGAGCUAUUGAUCUGGGAUAUAAAAACAGGUGAAUUGAUUCGAAAGCUAAAUGACAAUAUCAAUCCUGGUGCCUAUGACUCAAAUUCUUCAAAACCUCCAGCUGAAAUCACUUAUUUGCAAUAUCACGCUGAAAAUAACAUUGUUGCUGCUGGUUACAGUGAUGGUAAUAUCAAAAUAUGGGAUCUAACAUCAGGUUCUGUCAUAAUCAAUUUCUCUGGUCACAAAUCUGCCAUUACAAUGUUGAUUUUUGAUAAAACUGGAACAAGAUUGUGCUCAGGAUCCAGGGACUCUAAUAUAACCCUUUGGGAUCUUGUGUCUGAAUCUGGUUUAUUUAAAUUAAGAAGUCACAAAGACCAAAUAACCGGAUUAUGUUUUAUAUCCCCUCAAAACACAGCUGAGAGUAAUCUAAGCACAGAAAAUAAUGAUCUCAGUCUGAUGGAAGAGGAGUGGCUAGUAAGUACCUCUAAGGAUGGAUUGAUCAAGCUAUGGGACUUAAAAACGCGUCAAUGUAUCGAGACUCAUCUAGCUCAUACUGGCGAAUGUUGGGCUUUGAAUGUUAAUAACUCAAAUACAAUUGCUAUAACUUCUGGAGUUGAAAAUAAUUUCAAAAUCUGGGAAAUAAAUUUAUUGAAUGAAGAACAUAAAUUAAUUGAAAAGGCAGUGAUCAAAAAACAAACUACUUCAAAAUGUUUAAACAUUCAAUUUAAAUAUAUUUCAAACUCAUUGAACUUUUUUUUUGUUCAAAAUUUAGAUAGAACCUUGGAAAUCUACAGAAUUCGCCCACUUGAUGAAGUGAAUAGUUUAUUGAAAAAAAAAAAAAAAAAACUUGAAGAAAAAUUAAAAUCAGAUCAACCUGAUAGUGAUGAUGAAAACGAUGUACAGAAAAAAAUCGACGAGAAAAUGAACGCCUUGAAGUUUUCUACUCAAUACCAUCCUGUUACUAUUAUUAGAGGCUCUUCUAAAAUUAGGAGUUCUGCAUGGGGUAAUUGCACUAGCAAUUCUUUAUCUUUAUCACUUUCCUUAAACAACAAUUCUAUUGAAAAUUUCAAAAUAGAUCUACCAGAUUCAGUCAAGAAACUAUCUAUAACAAAUAAAGAUAUUACUUCCUCAAAAACUUCAACAAUAGAGUUAAAGGGCCAUAGAACCGACAUUAGAGCAAUAGAUAUCAGUAGUGAUAAUAAGUUAUUGGCAACUGCAUCAAAUGGCUUGCUAAAAAUAUGGAACAUUAAAACAACAAACUGUAUUAGAACAUUUGAUUGUGGUUAUGCUCUCUGUUGUAAAUUUCUACCUGGUGGUGCUUUGGUUGUUUUAGGAACUAAAACAGGAGAUGUUGAGCUAUAUGACUUAGCUUCCUCUGAAUUAUUGGAUUCUGUCAAAGCUCAUGAAGCUGCUGUUUGGUCAUUAGAUGUAACCCCGAAUGGUAAAACCUUAGUGACAGGUUCUGCUGAUAAGAUGGUCAAAUUUUGGGAUUUUAAAGUGGAACAAGAAACAAUUUCAGGAACUGAUAAAACAAUUCCAAAAUUAAAAUUAUUUCAUAGCAAAGUUCUUGAAUUAUCUGACGAUAUUUUGUCUGUUAAAAUUUCCCCAGAUUCAAAAUAUUUAGCUAUUUCGUUAUUGGAUAGCACAGUUAAAGUAUUUUUAUUUGACACACUAAAAUUCUACUUGAGUUUAUAUGGUCAUAAAUUACCUGUCCUAUCCAUAGAUAUUUCAUUUGAUUCCAAACUCAUUAUAACAUCUUCUGCUGAUAAAAACAUUAAAAUUUGGGGUCUAGAUUUUGGUGACUGCCAUCGUUCUCUUUUUGCUCAUCAAGAUUCAAUUAUGUCUGUCAAAUUUAUUCCCAACUCACACAAUUUUUUCUCAGGAUCUAAAGAUGGAUUGGUUAAAUAUUGGGAUGGUGACAAAUUCGAUUGUAUUCAAAAAUUACCAGCUCAUCAAUCUGAGGUCUGGUCGAUUGCUAUAUCUGGUGAUGGCAAUUUUGUUGCAUCCACUUCCCACGAUCAUAGUAUCAGAAUAUGGAGAGAAACAGAAGACCAGGUUUUUCUUGAAGAAGAAAGAGAGAAAGAAGUAGAUGAAUUGUAUGAAGCGACUUUACUUAAUUCAUUGGAAGAUGAUGAGAACAUGAAAAAUACAGGCAAAGAAAAUGAGGAGGAUUUUGAUGAGGUAACAAGGGCAGGAAGACAAACAACAGAGACAUUAAAAGCUGGUGAAAAGUUAAUGGAGGCUCUAGAUAUGGGUACAAAGGAUUUGGAAGAGCAAUCAGAAUACAACAAAUUGUACCAGGCAUGGCUGAAGAACCAAUCUCUUGCAAAACCAUCACAACCUUCAAGAAAUCCUCUACUAGUUGCAUUGGGGGAUAUUUCAUCAGCAGAUUAUGUAAUAGGUGUUAUUCAAAAAAUUAAACCUUCCCAGCUUGAAGAUUCUUUGUUAGUGUUGCCAUUUUCUUACACCUUAAAGCUCUUAAAAUUUAUGGAGAUAUGGACGUCUUUCAAACACGAUAACUAUAGCAAGCUGGAACAAAACAAAAAUUACUUAAUCAACAAUUUAUCCUUAUUGUGCAGAAUAUUGUUUUUCAUUAUUGCAAAUAAUCAUAAAGAAUUGAUAAGUCAAAAGAAUGAAAACCUUAGGAGCCAGUUAAUAACAGUUAAAAGCCAAUUAAGAGUGUAUUUGAAUAGGAGCUGUGAUGAACUAGGUUAUAAUAUUGAGGGCUUAAAGUUCAUAACUCGUGAAUGGAAUUAUAAGCACAAUACUGAAUAUAUCGACGAAUAUGAACAAAGAGAGCAUGAAGAUAAGAUGGCUAGAAAGAGAGUCUACACCACAAUUGCUUAA